AUGGGUGAACAUUGUCCAGCAAGUCAGUAUUACGAUGGAUUACUGGGAUUUUGCCAGCCCUGUCGGCUUCGCUGUACAAAUCUUCCUUCUGAUUGUCUCAAAUUCAAUCCCUGCCCACGGAGAACAACUAAUGUCCCAGUGACGCACAAAGAGGUCCCGACCUCGAGUGUUGGGAUCACAAUAACAUAUUCAAAAGGCCCUGAUAGCCCUCAGGCAGCAGAUAACAAUAACUACAUGCUUUGGUUGGUGUUGGCAUUGUUUGUUGUGGCAAUAUCAAUUGUAUUCAUUGUAACAAUUAUGCUGCAUAGAAAUCGGAAGCUGCGUGCAGGUUAUUUUGCUGAUGCCUGUAGCAACGUUACAACUAAAUCCAGAUUUAACAGUGAUGAAUCAGAACAAGACCAGUACAAUGAAAUAAAGAAGCCAGUUGCAGAGAGUGAAGAUGUGGACAGUCCUGUGAACGACAAUAGUUAUGACAAUGCUCUGUCUAACUACUUGUUUCCUUUGCCGGCUGAAGAGGAAGGAGCUGCUAUUCUUGUCACCACAAAAACAUCUGCUUGUUUUAAUCCUGGGCCAGGUGUGAGGGGAGAUGCUUUUGUGGAAAUAUAACAUCACAAUGUUCUGUCGUGGAUGAAGACAACAGGAGACACCUAGAGCUCUGUACCUGUUGUAUCCAUUUAUAUGCUAAGACAUUACAGUUAGGACUUUGAUGCUACUAUCUUUGUCAGGAGGACAUUAUUUAACGUGGUACCUCAUACUUUGUAUACUUAUAUGAAAUGCAUGUCAGACUUGCCGGGUGUUCUUCAUACCAAACAUAAGCUAGGCUUGUCUUCAUCUGGGAAAAGGUUGAGUUCACUGCCCCAUUCCUUAUCAAAAUGACUUGUAACCACCCCUGCCUGUUAGUCCCAGCAGCUACCUUUGACAUGUCUCUGUUUUUAUAAGUAGAGUUACACAUUACCUGUCAACCCACUCCUGAUUAUGUGUCAUGUCCUGGAUUUAUCAAACUGUGAGAAAGAAAAACUUUCUGGUUUUGCCUAUAA